AUGUCGUCUCUGCGCAACGUGGUGAAGCGGCGCGAGCACAAGGAGCGCGGGCAGCUGCGCGAGCGCAAGAAGCUGGGGCUGCUGGAGAAGCACAAGGACUAUGUGAAGCGCGCGCGCGACUACAACCAGAAGCAGAAGCGGCUGCAGACGCUGCAGCUCAAGGCGGCGCUGCGCAACCCGGACGAGUUCUACCAGCGCAUGGCGGACGCGCGCACGGAGGGCGGCGUGCACGUGUCCACGCACAACCACAUCAAGCAGGUGGACUCGGAGGCGCUGCGCACCCUCAAGACGCAGGACCUGGCCUACCUGCACAUGAAGCGCGCCGUGGACCUGCGCAAGGCCGAGAAGCUCAACCGCGGGCUGCACUUCGUGGACGCGCGCAAGGGCAACAAGCACACGGUGUUCGUGGAGGACGACCGGCAGCUGGAGACGUUUGACGUGGCGCAGCACUUCGACACGGCGCCCGAGCUCGUGGACCGCGCCUUCAACCGCCUGCGCACCAAGGACCUGCAGACCAAGCAGCUUCCCGACCUGGCCGCCAACCCCAAGCACAAGCACAAGAUGCAGGUGGAGAAGAACGCCAAGUACCGCGAGAUGCGCGACCGCCUCGCGCGCGCCAACAAGAUCGGCCGCAUGAGCGCCAAGCUCGACCUGGAGCGCAAGGUGCAGGCCAAGGGCCGCAAGAGGAAGGUCAAGGCGGCCGAGAACGGCAUGCCCGCCGUGUACCGCUGGAAGCAGCAGCGGCAGAAGUAG